UCUAUUGAUCUGAACCGUUGAUUAUUAAUAGUUUUAUUACAUAUUAAAUUAUAACCGUUGGAUUAAAUUAAAACCUGAGCUAACCCUAAGGGUGGAUUCAGAAAGGAUCAUUCAGUCCCCUCACAGCCUCACUCUCGAGUCUCUCUCAGACUCAACCCCUCUCGAGUCUCGAUGACUCGAUCUCUCCUUCGAAGCCCAAACUAUCGAAAAAUCAAACACAGAAAGUGUUAAUCUGUUCAUUCAAAUCGUAUCUACGGCCGUGGAUUCGAUCUCUGUUGCCACUAAUCUCAAGUGAAAUCGAAUCGGUCUCUUUCAAGUGGAUCGAUCUCUGUUGCUGUCCCGAUUGGCAUUGCUUUUAGAGAUUUGGAAAGCUAAAAGCUCAUAAUUAUUAUAGAGGCAUUUUCAAAUUAACAGUUCAUGCUUCCAUCAUCAUUGAUCGAAGAGGCAGAUAGACAGGAGCAACCUUGAAAAUUGGAAUAAGGCCUGUUCGAACAAAUUUCACUUGUGAGCCCAAAUUCAAGCCCAAGAGGCUAAAACCCUGAAAGUCGCAUAAACCCCAGAACAAAAACCAAACCCAACUCUAUAGUCUAUACUGUACCACCAGCUCAGAGACUCUCUCUCUGUGUGUCUCUCCCAGAGUGUGAGAGACCUAACGAGCCCGAAAAUGGCGACCACCCUUCUCCCGGAGACAGCUCAGAAGGUCCUAACCCAAGAAGCCAUCCGCUCCGCCGCCAAACAGUCCCAGCGCUGCCUCACCGUCCCCGUCAAACUCCGCCGCGCCAUUAAAAAUUACCUCCGAGACCAAGAGGAGCCUCACAUGAAGCGGAAGGUGCUGAGGCUAUCAGAAUCCUUCACCCAAAUCAAGGAUGUCAACUCUCAGCUUAUUGCUUCCACCUCGAAGCAGCUGGUUGAGGACCCUUUGCAGUGUGUGGACCAAUCCCAGAGGUGGAAGAUCAAGGGCUCCUAUGGAGAUAUUAGCCUUACUUAUACAGACGACGAGACCAUUGCUUAUGUUGUUUCCAGAAUGCCAGCUGUCUUCUCUGCUUGUCACAGAGUACUCAAGGAGGUUCGUAGAAGGCUGCCGGGUUUUUCUCCUGCUAAAGUGUUGGAUUUUGGUGCUGGCACGGGUUCGGCUUUCUGGGCACUACGAGAAGUCUGGCCGAAUUCCUUGGAGAAAGUUAACUUAGUAGAGCCAUCACAAUCAAUGCAGCGUGCAGGCCAGAGCCUUAUACAAGGUCAAAAGAACUUGCCACUUAUUCACAGUUAUGAUACCCUCCAAUCCUUGACUAAAAACAUCAAGAAAUCAGAGAGAGAACAUGACCUUGUAAUUGCUUCCUAUGUGCUUGGAGAGAUACCAUCGCUGAAGGAUCGGAUUACUGUAGUACGCCAACUUUGGGAUCUUACGCGGGAUGUCCUGAUUUUGAUAGAACCGGGAACACCACAAGGAUCAAAUAUCAUAUCUCAGAUGCGAUCACAUAUAUUAUGGAUGGAGAAAAGGAAAUGCCGUAAAUCCAAGGCUGCAAUUGAUGAAACUUCCAAGGACUUGGUAGUGGCUCGAAAAAGUGGUGCCUAUAUAGUUGCUCCUUGCUCUCAUGAUGGGGCAUGUCCUUUGGAGAAAGCUGGUAAAUAUUGUCAUUUUGUUCAACGUUUGGAGAGAACUUCUACUCAGCGUGCAUACAAGCGCUCCAAGGGUGGUCAGCCGUUACGUGGAUUUGAAGAUGAGAAAUUUAGCUUCAUUGCUGUCAGGCGAGGACAAAGACCAAGGGAACCUUGGCCUCUUGAUGGUGUGAAAUUUGAGACUUUGAAGGAGCAACAUGCUAAAAGAACUCUGGAAGAUCUUGAAAUUGACUAUGAGGACCCAGAGGACCAAGUCAGCUCGCAACAAGCUAGCCUCAUUCCAUUUGAAAAACCAGAUCCGAUUACCUAUGAUUCUGAUGUCGUGGAAGUUGAUGAUCAUGAGGAUAAUGAAGAAGAGGAGGAAGAUGACACAUGUCAUGCCGAUCUUGGGGGUGGUUGGGGUAGGAUUAUCUACAUGCCUGUUCGGAGGGGCAAGCAGGUUACUAUGGAUGUGUGUCGAUCAACCAACCAGGAUGCUUCAGAAGGAACACUUCAACGAAUUGUUGUCACAAAGAAUAAGAACCCUACAUUACAUAAGCAGGCCCGAAAGUCUCUCUGGGGAGACUUGUGGCCCUUUCAAAAAUAACUGUGUAAAAUCUAUGGCUGUAGUCCAUAUAACCACUACGUAUAAGAUGCUCUUCGUUUAUAGCAGUUCUCAGUUUGUAUGCACUGUUCAGUCAUUAAUGGCUAUUCCUGUGAUCUAGGUGGAAAUUCACUUUUGUCCUUGCUC